AGCGCUCAGGCUUCACAGGAGGAGCAGGAGGACACGAGGCCGGCCGGACCCACGGACGCGCUGACCGCCGCCUAAGUGAGUCCCAGCCCGGGCGCGGGAUCCCCUGAGUAGCCCUGGGAGCUCCUCCCGCGCGCAGACGGAACUGUGUCUCGGCAACUAAGAUCCCCUUCCCUCUGCUUCUGCGCAGGUGGCCCCAGUCCCCCAAGCAUGGAAGCCGUACAGGAGCUGCUGCCUCUGGCCAGGGAGAUGCUGGCGGCGCGACCCCGGAGCAAGCUGGUGAAGCUGUACGUGCUGGGCGGCGUGCUGGCGCUGGUGGGAGCGGUGAUCGGCCUGAUGGAGACCGUGUGUGGCCCCUUUGCCAUCGCCAGCCGUCUGCGGGAACAAGAGGCGGCCGCCGCGGAGCUGCGGGCGGCCCGGGAGCGACGCGCGCUACGGGAGAAGGGCAAGCAGCCCGUGGCCACGCUCUUCAGCCGGGCCCUCUCCAACCGGCUGCACGCCUCGUAGGCUCCGCCGGGAGAUGGACAGAGACACGCCAGGGGUGAGGACAGGAGGCAGGUGCUGUCUGACUUCUGAGAAGCCAGUGACACCCGGAACCGACCUAGCACGGGGACGAGUUCCGGUUGAGUUUUUGCUGCUGUGCAGCACUGCGUUGUGAAAAAAAGUCCAAAACAAGUUGGCUUUGAGCUCUCCGAGUGCACUCAGCAUUGCGCGCGAGGGAGGAAGGAAGGAAGGAUGCUUUUUAUACUAUUAUUCUUGUUGUUGUAUUACAGAAAGCACCAUUUUGCAUUUUAAAAUAAAAAAAUGUUUUAUACUAGUGCUGA